ACAAUUUCUUGUUAUUGUCAUUAAAGUGACAUUCAUUUUGACAUUUGAAAAAUGGCUGGUGCGUUGACGAGGGUAAUUCAGGGCACUAAAUCGCAUUUGGGCAUCGUUGGUCCAUUGGUGAACAUCAACAAUGGGUCAGUUCGAUUCCAACAAACCAAGACGAAAUUUGGACCUUUGGCGGACAGCGACCGUAUCUUCACGAACCUCUACGGGCGUCACGACUGGCGACUGAAAGGUGCCCUCAAACGAGGAGAUUGGUUCAAGACUAAAGAGAUCUUAAUGAAAGGGACUGAUUGGAUUGUCAAUGAACUCAAGACAUCAGGUCUCAGAGGUCGCGGGGGUGCUGGUUUCCCUACUGGUAUGAAGUGGUCGUUCAUGAACAAGCCAUCAGAUGGACGUCCAAAGUAUUUGGUAGUGAAUGCUGAUGAGGGUGAGCCGGGGACAUGCAAGGAUCGUGAAAUCAUGCGACAUGAUCCACACAAGUUGAUUGAAGGGUGUCUGAUAGCUGGUCGGGCUAUGGGUGCUCAGGCUGCAUACAUUUAUAUCCGUGGAGAGUUUUAUAAUGAAGCUAGUAACUUGCAAGUGGCUAUUGCUGAGGCUUACCAAGCAGGUCUGAUUGGUCGUAACGCAUGUGGCUCUGGUUACGAUUUUGAUGUGUUUGUGCACCGCGGAGCUGGUGCAUACAUCUGUGGUGAGGAGACGGCACUCAUUGAGUCGAUUGAAGGCAAGCAGGGCAAGCCGCGUCUCAAGCCGCCAUUCCCGGCUGAUGUGGGGCUAUUCGGAUGCCCUACGACUGUCAAUAAUGUGGAAACUAUUGCUGUUUCACCUACGAUCUGCCGCCGCGGCGGGUCGUGGUUCGCGUCGUUCGGGCGCACGCGCAACUCCGGCACCAAGUUGUUCAACAUCUCGGGGCACGUCAACACGCCCUGCACCGUGGAGGAGGAGAUGAGCAUCCCGCUGCGCGAGCUCAUCGAGCGCCACGCGGGCGGCGUCUCCGGCGGCUGGGACAACCUGCUGGCCAUCAUCCCCGGGGGCUCCUCCACACCCCUAAUACCCAAAGACGUGUGCUCCGAGGUGCUGAUGGACUUCGACGCGCUGGUGGGCGCGCAGACGUCGCUGGGCACCGCCGCCAUCAUAGUCAUGGACUGCUCCACCGACAUCGUGAAGGCCAUCGCGCGCCUCAUCAUGUUCUACAAGCACGAGUCGUGCGGACAGUGCACGCCGUGCCGCGAGGGGGUCUCCUGGAUGAACAAAAUUAUAUACAGAUUCGUGGACGGUAACGCUUCACCUAAAGAAAUAGAUAUGCUGUGGGAAAUAUCCAAACAGAUUGAAGGUCACACAAUCUGUGCUUUGGGCGACGGCGCGGCGUGGCCGGUGCAGGGCCUCAUCCGCCACUUCCGGCCCGAGCUGGAGCGCCGCAUGGCCGCCUACCAGGUCUGCCACGGGCCCAGCAAGGCGGAGAGAUUGUACUAGGCACGCGCCUACGGACCAACAAAUAAAGGCCACUUUUAGACCUAGGGCCUUUUUGAGACAAAAGGGUUUUUUGAGACAUAAGACCUUUUUGAGACAAAAGGCCUUUUUGAGACAUAAUACCUUUUUGAGACAUAAGGCCUUUUUGAGACAUAAGACCUUUUUAAGACAUAAGGCCGUUUUGAGACGUAUGACCAUUUUGAGACAAGGCCUUUUAUGAGAAAAAGUAUUUUAAACAUAAAAACAUGUGGUUUAUGUAAACUAGUAUGUAUUCCAGUUAUAGUAAUAAUUCUUAUAAGUCAAAAACGUCGUUUUGUCUUAAAAAGGCCUUUGUCAAUGUUAGGGCUAGAAUGUGAUAGAAUACUUAUUAAUGUUUUAUGACCUCAAUAAAGGCAAUUUUAUUUUCUUGCAAAAUAAAUCAAAACCUCUAAUCUCUGUUCAGAAACUUAAACCAGCUUAGUAAAUAAUUGUUUUUAUAUAAGCAAUAAAGUUACUGGUGACAAGAGUUUCCGAUAUUUCCGAAUGUAUUUGUACUAGGAUAAUCUGUCGGUCAUCAUGUUUUUUUUUAAAUAAAUUUAAUUUAAUAAAUGUUAAAGUUUUAUUUAAUUUACUCCAUAUCUCUAACAAGCGUCAUGUAAAAAUUCG